ACCAUGUCACAAGAUAGAAGUCUGAAUGAUUUUGUGUUAGGGAACAGCUGAUUGUACACGGGCCAUUUUCGAUUCUGAGGAUAUUAACCGAGCCAUCUUUUGGGGUAAAAAUAUAAUGUAUGACGAAGACCAUGAUGUGGAUGAUCUAGACCGACUUCUGGUGUGCCCUUACGACGAGAAUCACCGUGUGGCCGCGACUCGAAUGAAUCACCAUUUAAUCAAGUGUAGAAAGAACUAUUUGGUGAAUGAGAGUGAAAAGAUCAAAUGCCCUUUCAAUGCUGAACACGAAUCUUUUGCCCAAGAAGUUGAAUUUCACAAAAUGGUUUGCCCCGAUAARUCUGAGUUUGGGAGCGAAGAUGUCAAAGACAGCGAAGAGAAGAGACCUUUAGACAAAAGCGAAAGCGUUGACGUCGAUGAAGCCGAAGAAGCGAAACCCCACAUGAACGGCAAGUCGGAUCCUCGAACGGAUAAGACCGGAUGUAUAAACGGGUUAAAAGUAGGCGGUUUGAAAAACUACAAUACAGUUUCGAAUGACGAGGAAACCACCGUCAUGGCACUUGAGAACGGCGAAACGGCCGAGAACGGCGAAAAGGAAGAAACGCACGAAAAUGGCGCGAAUGGCGAAGAAAAGUGUGACUUCGAAGAUCGCUCGGUGAAUGCGGUUUCACACAUGGCCGGAAUAGAGCCACAAGAUGACAAUAUAGCAAUAGAAAAGCAAUUAUCACAAUCAAAUAGUAACAUCCCUUCUUCGGAAAAUGGUAUUCCCAAUGAAAACAACACUAACGACUGCAUCCAAGAGCACUUUGACUACAAGAAAUAUGCGCCCUCCAAAGAAGAGAAAGAAGAAUUCCUCAAAGUUAUUAAACAACGCAAGGAUGAGCAAAACAAUCUGGAAGACAAGGACGAAUCACUCAGCCAAACCUACGUGAACCAAAACUGGCAACACAACUAUUCUUAUAUUACACCACCAUACCAAACCAACCAACCAUACCAUAAUCAAGGCAUGUACAAUAACGCCUAUAUAGCAUUCCCUAAUGGAUACCAUCAAGUAGUAGGUAACAUGAAUGGCCAGUCACCAUACCCAACACAUUAUACAUUUCAACCACCCAAUGGGCCUGUACCCCAGUAUAUGCCACAACCAAUGCCAGGAGUUGGAUACGAGUACAACAUGUACUCACCACGCCCACAGUACCGUCCACCUUACCGACGCAGGAACUACCACCACAAUAACCAUUCACAAAGCAGGCACAUGCAUAAUGGCUAUCAUAAUCAUAAUCACUAUAACAGUCACAAUCACAAUGGUAACCAUGGCAACAGAAAUUACCAUAGCCAUUACAACAGUUACUAUUCCAACAACCAUGAUGCUCAUAGCCAUACUGAUACAGAUUCCAAUAGCUCAGCGUCUGGACACUCUGACAUUGGUGGUGGUGAACAUGGCACAUAUAAUGGUAGUUCGCAUCAGUCUGAGAAUCACCGACCACCCCGAAAUUCCAGAAGAACAAAGCACUCCCCUUCAAGCAAGGGAUCUGUCAACCURGAAAAAGUGGUUCACAUAAUUACUGACUCUGAUGGAGAAUCCAGUCUACCAAGCAUCAAUGGCCACACUUCUGAUUUAUCUCCAGAGCCUAGUGAACGCUGUGAAAUUAAUCAUGCCAAGAAAGGUGAGAAAGAUAAAGUAAUUCGCAAGCUGAGAAAGAAAUUGAGUGAAAUCCACAUUCUUGAAGCUAAAAAGAAUACUGGUGUGAAAAUGGACUGCGACCAACUAAAAAAGCUGAACAGAAAGAAGGAACUAGAAGAUGAGUUGGCUGCUCUAACAGUUGAUUGACCAAACUUCAAAGGUCCAAAAUAGUGAAUUAUUCAACAUUGCCACUAUUGACCACCAACCAAUCAACCACUACACCACCACCAUCACCAUCUCUACCCCAUCAGAUUUGAAGUUUAUCUGAAGUUUCACUAGUUUCCUGUAAUGUUGCAUUUGUCACAGACAACUAUUGGGUAAAAGCCUACAGUUCUUUGAGUUAAGCAAUCCCAAUUGGCUCAGAACACUUAAGGUGUAACCAUCUUUGGUCCAAAUUCAUCAUAAGCCUACCAUCCUCUACAGCCAAAACUUGGAAGGUAGCAAGACAAGGUAUUGUGUUUGAGAUGAAAAUAAUUAAAAAGAAAGAAAUGGUUUAAUCUGAAUAAAAUUUAGCAUGGUGAUGUGUAAUCAGAUGAUUAGCUUGUUGUUCAAGCUUGUUUAUCUUGAAUCAAAAAUUAAYAUAUAUAAUUUCAAUUCACAAAUCAAGAGCGAGUUUAAUAUAUUCACAAAUUUAUGUUAAUACACCAUGCUAAAUGUACAUAAGAGUGWUGAUCUGUUGACAAAACUGAAAAAGAUCCAAUAAUAUAUUUAAAGAGAAAGCAUUUGAUAUUAAUCUUAUGUUAAACUAAGUUAGGACUGAAAUAUUUAACGUUCAUGGGUCACAAAUAUAGGAUCUGAAACUAAAUCACACUGUGAUGUGAGGUUUUUGGCCGAGUGCUUGUCUUAAGGCUAAAGUAACAUAAUGUAAGCUGAGAAUGGCAAAUAAAUUAUCUAGCUUUAAUAUGAAAAUAGUUUUUAAACUUAAGACAGGCACAUAGCUUCAUGUCUCAGUUGACACAUAGUAAUGUUAUUAUUCAACAAGAUUAAGGAUUCUGUCUAAACAGAUAGCAUAGAGGCACCCAAAUGCAUCAGUAAAUACCAGGAUAUUUAUUAUGUAAAUAAAUUUAAAAAUGCAUGCAUUUCCUAGAAUAUAGAUUUGACAUCAAAUACCUCAUUAUAUUUAGAUUUUGUACAUGUUAUACGUUGUUUAUUAGCCUGUGUAGUGUCUAUUACGAAAUUACAGACCAUCCUAUUGGUGUUUAAAUGCAUGUGAAGGAAUGUGGCUAGAAUUUAGUAGAACAGAAAAGUGUGAAAAAGUUAAGAGAAAAUAUUCUUGAGAUUUAUUGUCUCAUUUGGAUCUAAAGAAACCGGAAAAUUCAAAUUUGAGAAAGAACACUGAAAUCUCAAGAUUAAAUAAGGUGCAAAUGAUUUUCAGUUUAAGAACACUCUAGAAUUAUUGAACAGAAAGGUAUAGUAAGAUUAGUAAUGAGAAAAUGGAAAAAAGAUGCAAUCAUUGACAUUCAGUGCACAAAAAUAAUGAAUGCUAUGCAUGCUGCCACAAACAAUCACAUCGUAGCACUGCACCAGCUUGCAUUCAAAUAAGUGACUGAUGCUGAUAAAAUUGACUGGGUCGUUAGGAAGGCAUGGCAAUACACUGAAUUUGGUUCACUCAAUGAUACAAUAUCAAGAAUUUAUUUUAUUUAUCCAAUUCCAAAUCAAGUAUUUAAGAAAUAUUUUGAUCAAAUAAUUGGUGUCAUAUGAAUAAGGCCAUGACUAUAUCAGAUUGCUAACAUUCAUGCAGGAUGAAUGCUACACAAUUUAAUUCAUACCAGCUUACUUGUCAGUGACUUUCAACAUGGUUAGAAGGGUGAUUAAUAAUUGUUCACCCACCAACCCCCAACCACUACCACCACGAGAUAUCUGGAAGCUUUUGAAGGACCAGUAAACCAGCUCUUUUAGCUUUACUCCUGAUCAGCCAUACUUUUCACAUCCCAGAGGUUAUAAUUGAAUUAAAAUGAAGUAAUAUAUUAAAAUUGAAUUGUACAAAAGAUUAUUUAUAUAGCCUGGCACUAGUCAUGUCUUGUCGGAGCAUAUACUCCAUCAUUAUAAUUAUUAUAAGCAUUUAUUGUCUCUUUGAAUUACAAAAUAUAAGUUCUCAGAAAUUUAGUUAUAAUAAUUAUUUGACCUGUUCCAAUAGAUCUUGUGACGUCAUUUAAAUUUUUUUUAAGAAUGUCUUAAUUAGACCUGCUUUGAUUUAUAUCAUUAUCCAUUAUCAGACGCAGUCCACCAACCUAAGCCAUAUGCUGAUUGUAUGACAGAGUGUGUGAAGUAAUUCUAAGCAUAAGAAGGACCAGUUAAAUAAGGAGGGUUAGGGGGUUCUGAUUUCAAACGAAAAAAUAAAUAUCUUGCUAAAAACUUAGUGUCACAGUCAUGUGGUCAUGUGCUCUGAUAAGAUUCUGACUCAAGUUUGUCAUACAAACAACCCCCAAUAUAAAUACUGCCAGACUAGAAAGUUUAUUCCAAUGUUUGACUAAAUCCACAUUGAUUAAAAGUACAAUCAUGGAAAUAUAAUUUAAAACACCAAGUGUUGCAAAAUUGCAUUUAAAGUUUAGUGUUAUUGAAAAUAUUAUAUAUUUCAUUUAAAGUUCAGAGUUCUACUUUAUCGAAAUAGUAGAGACUUAUGCUUCCUUGAGAGAGCACUUUUCAAUUUCGAGUACCAUCCAUAUCAAGUACUCAAGUCUUACUGAGGGACAAAGAAAUGAUACUCAAGGGAAAAACGUAUUUUGAAUUGGAUAAACAGUGGAUUAGGUCAACUGUAUUAUUGAGUUAAUUAUGGUUCUUUUAGCUUUAUUUACUUUUCCCUAAGUGGUUUAGCAUGAUAAAUUAUCAAAAAUACAAAAAUAUUGAUAGAGCAUGUAAUAUUUUUCAAACAGAUCAUAUUGGUAUCUAUAAGCUACUGAAAUCAAAGGCAAAGUUAAAUUAUAUAUUACACAAAAUAUAAAUAAAUUAAUGUACAAUUUAAGCAGUUUGUUGUUGCUAGUGGUGUACACUAUAGCCUCUGGUAAUAGUAAAGAAGAAGGUCCAAAUAUGUUAUCACACAGAGAUGGGUAAUAGUCAUUCACAAAAUUCAGUGUCUUGCUGAUUUCUUGUUAUAACUAUUGAGCUCUAAUGUAGUCCGGCCAAGUUUUCGAUUGACUGGCCAUUGCUGCAUUAGCCAUCAUACUUCCAUCAUAAUUUUACCCCACCAAAAAUAUACUUUAUACUACCAUUAAUCUACCAACUAUAUCAAACAGAUAUACCUUAUAACAGCAAUUUAGGGGUCUAAUUCUUUACUAAUACUAAAGCUUCCUUUUUGGGUAUUCAUAAUGCUAUAGAGGUUUAUGAAUGUAUAAUGGUAGUUAAAUCUAGAUAAUAGGAUUGCUACACAAUUUGUUGGGUAAGAAGUCUGUAUAAUGUCUGAUGCGCACAGUGUUUCUUCAGGCUACACUUUAAUAGUUACCAAGUACCUACAUAUACCCACAAAGCUGUCUAUCAAUGUAGGCAUGAAUCACUGUAUAGCUGUCACGAAUGAACAAAUUAAUUUGAAUUAAUGUUGAUUAAUAUAUUUAUAUUUUAUUAUUUUGAAAUAUUUACUUAAUAUUAAUAUAGUACCAGAGUCUUAUAUUUUCGUUAAUCUAACAAGGAAUGACAGAAAAUCACAUGUUCCAAGAAAUGGCAACAUGCAGGCAUACUAAAUAUGAAUGACUUGCAAAGCCAUGCUUUGAUGGUGCACAUGGUGGAUCUAAGGAAGGGGUAAUGGGGUGUUCACCUUCACCCUGCCCAGGAAUUCCUAACAUUUAGCAUCUCAGAGUCACUUCAAAGGUUCAUGACUUCUUUCCAUUUGCAUGAUGGGAUUUAGGAUUCCUGGGUAGCGAUUCCUGAUUCUCAAUGAUUCCAAUUCUUUUCCGUUUCCGUGUGCUUCCCCCCCUUGUCCCAGAACACCCACACCCUAGAUCCACCUCUGUGUGUGUGUCCACCAGUGAUCAUUCACAGUCUUCAUAUCAUACAAAGAAAAACUGAAUUGAACGAAAAAAGGAAAAGCCACAUAAGUUAUUCUAUUUUUAAGUCCUAAUUUAAUAAGGCACUAGAAAUAAGUGUUGUGAUGGGUAUAUCUUUAUGCAACAAGUAAAUAACUUAUAAAAUAAAAUAUUAUUACAUUUACUGGUAACAGAUCAAGUCCUUUUUGUCAUAAAUAAGUAUUUAAUAUAUUUUAUUGAACAAACGAAAAUCUUACCACCCUUUUCACUGCUACGUGCUGAUUGAGACAACAGUCCCAACAGGAAAAAAUAGGACAAUAGACUGCUGCCAAUCAGAGAACAUAAAGGUAACCAAUUUAUUUGAUUGGCGGAAGUGUAUUUCUCCAAUUUCCCUGUCGCACUGUUUCUUCRAUCAGCCUGAGCAAUGAAAAGAGUGGUAAUCCCAGAAUUUGAGCAGGUCAUACAGAUAUCUUCUCACCUUAACCUGGUUGAUAAAUCAUUGAUUAACAAAUCAUUGCUCAUAUAAAGAUAAUACUCCUAUUUACAGUUCCAUUCAGUGACCAUGAAAAAUUAUUGUUCCAAGUUGUAGAUGCCACGCAUGAUAAGCUAUAGUUUUGCUAUGCACGGCAACUCCAGUCUUAACUUAAAAUUAUUAUUUGUAGUCACUGAACAGAACUGUGAAAAGGUGUAUUGACAAGGAGCAUUAGUCUGGAUGAUAUACCCAGCUAGUUGUUAGAAUGGUCUCAGCUUGGCUUUAAGAAAAAGCCCAUAAGCAGUAUAGUUAUGGCUAGGUUAUUAGAGAGUGGAAGAAAAUUAGGAUGUGGCUGGUUCCCUUCUUUUCUUCUCGCUGCUCCAUCCCUUAGACAACAAUUGUGACCGGGUACAAAAAUACCAGCUGUACUUCAUGAUGAAAAUUCAGCACUGGUGCUAACUGACUAAUUCUUGUUUUCAUAAAUUAACUAGCCAUACUGUUCAUGUUACUCUUGUUAUGCCUGCUAAACUUGAUAUGUUACCAGUAAAUAACAAGUAAGAGCACGCUGGAAGGGAGUAUCUUUUACUGCCAACAAAAAAAUACUAAAGUCAUACGUUAACUCAAAGUAGUUCUGGACUCAUCCACCUCAAAUUUAUUUUUUGAAAUGAUAUGGCAGAGGAAAACAGAAACGAUUGAAUAUCAAUAUUUUUGAUUAGAGACCAUGAGAAAUAUGUUAUGGUCAGUCGGGAAUAAUACAUUUCUGAUUAUUAAUCAAGAGAGAAUGGUUCUGUGAUCCUCUGAUGAGGGAGGGAGGGAAGGUAUACAGUGUUUUUCAUGUUCUGUGACCCUAAGUAAAUACACUCCAGAUGCCAUACAUUCUCAUGUAUUUUUUAUUCCAUCCAUCAAAUUUAAAACUUGUUUUUAAACUUAUUAGCUAUUCCGAAGUUUAGGGGGGAAAGUAGGCAAUGCAGUGUAUUGUCAAACUGUCUAAGGGAAUAUAUCCAAGAUAAUGUCGAUUUUGUCCCCCAAAACAGUCCCACAAUCCACUGCAAUGCCAAGUCCACCCAGUUUUUUUCUCAACCUCGGAAUGGCUGAAUCAGACAGAAGUGAGAAUCCCAGAUGCCUCAAAGCUGAGGAGGUGGCAUAAACAUGAAACGUGCUGUAAUACCUGUUUUAUUGUGAUCCUAGUGAUCACUAUUAAGAAACAUGAUUUCCAUGGAUGUAGCCAGAAUUCUGUUGUGUUUAUAAUGUUGUUCUCAUGACUGUUGUAGAACUUAAUGUUGAAAUAACGAUAAAAUAAACAAUGCAAGACCAGA